AAUCGGGCUUAGUAUAGCAUCAAUUGAGUAAAUAUGGUUGAGUACCAAGCGCACACUGAGACCACGAGACGUGGCCAACGCGAAUCAAUCGAGACUCCAUAUUUAAAUUCAGCAGAGACACAAUGUAGCUCUCGUCAACGCUUACUCGACUCAGGCCUCACUCCCAAAAGUUCGGACGGAGAAGCAUGCCCUUCAAGACGGCGCUUCACUAUAUGGCAGAGCAUCGGCCUCUUUAGCUUUCUCUCCCUUGUACUUGGAACCGCUUUCACACUUGCUUCAUGCGGUAUCCUCAUUUAUCUCUGGCGUGGUGCUGAUCUGGCGCAUGAUCGCAAUGAGCCGCAGUUCUGGAAGACCAUCGCCACAAGCGGCUGGGCCGCCAGAGUCACCACCAUAUGCUCUGCAGCUAUACGCACUUCAAUCGCAGUCCAAGUUGGUGUCAUUGCAGCCGCACUUUCGGCGAUUAUCCUUGAGACUACAGGCGUUUGCUUUAAUGACGUUCCAAUCCUAUCCUCUGAGAGAGCUUCAAAGUCGGGCUUCAUCAACAUCUUUCCAGCAGUCCUCAGGCAAACUACAGGGAAUCCAUUGAGCAUCUUGUACUCGUUCAUUACUAUCUUGGGCUUGACUAUCAUGGCGGUUUCGACAUUUAUCUCUACCAUUCUUCUCUCUGACUUUACUACAGCAAAGGUCGCCUCCCCAGGCGUGACGCACGACCAGGCCAUCGCCUCCAAACACCCUGCCGAUUGGCGCUUCAACUACAAGGGCCCUACGUAUUGGGGAUCUAAGCCAUCUGUCCAAUGGCGCUUCGCAGACGAUCGAAUUGGAAAAUCUCAGUACGGUGAUACCGGCGAUGUUUAUCGUGCCAUGCUGCCGUUUUCGGAUGUGACCUCGAGAACAUCGCUUGAGUCCUACAACGGACCUGCUUUGGUUGCCAACGUUCGUACCGUUUGUCGCGCCCCUCCGUUGCAGAACUCGAGUAUUUCUGCCCAGGGAAUGGUUAGCCCGCACUUCGGAGACGCGAAAGAUAGUGUGUCAGCGGUUCUAAAUACGACAGGGCCGUCUGAGUGUAUGCUCUAUUGUCGAGAUGAGGGUAAAUUGACAGGCUGGCCUGUGUCUCUGUGCGACUAUUCCGGCUCUUUCAUGCCCCAGCCCGAACUUCCAAUAGAUCCAAAGACAGAAAGGAAGCACAGCUUCCAGCAAAUGCUCGUCGUCAAUGCGACGACCAAUAUUGCUGCAGACGGGUUUAGGGAUACUAAUGGAGGACCCCCGCCCAAACGUCUACGGAAUCUGACUUAUGAGAUGGGAGAUGUAUGGACCAAAGCAUACGAUGCCAAUGGGGAUCAUAUUCUAAGUGCCACUUUCUGUUUCCUCAACACAUACCCUGCGCAGAUAUACAACGUUAGCAUGUCUGGGCAUCAAACUGCCAGGGAACCUGGUCUCAAUGCCCGCAAGAUUGACAGCGCUCGUCUUCAACUUGGGAACGAGGGGGACUCCGCGAAGCGCGGGAUUCUUGACCUCGACAUCGGACGGCGCCUGAACGUCAGUUCUCGUCUUGUAGACUUUGUCGAGGGAGUUCCGAUGGAAGACGGACCGACCCACGAUCCAUAUUAUAGGACUUUGGGGCUCGAACAUCCAUCGAUGUCCAACACGACUUGGGGUAUGAUGUCACCAGCACAGGAAGUCGAGCAAGGAUGGUCAGCGAAUCUUGCACAUAUCUCGCUCUUCCAGAGUAUCAUACAGGAAACAGAAGACCCUGCCAUGGCGAUUCAAGGUCUGAUGACUCGGCUGUAUCAGAUGGUCUAUUACAACUGGCUUGAAGAAUAUGACCUCAAAUACCCUGUGAACACUAUACAUACGCAAGAUCGGCUUAUACCGACUAGAUGGACUGGGCUUAUUAUUGUUCUCGUUCUUAUUACGGUACAUCUUGGGCUCGUCUUUACAACAAUUAUUCUCCUUAUGCUAAAGACCAGGGCUUCAGCGCUUGGGAACACUUGGCAUACUCUUGUGCAGACAGCGCGAAUGGCUGAUGGCGUUGAGGGGGCGGAUAUGAUGUUGGAUGAUGAGGUUGAGAAGUGGACCAAGGCGACUGGUAGGAAUAUCGACGUCUGUGGUAUAAAGAAGUCGGGCAAGGAUGGCAAGGUUGAGGUUCAACUGUUGAGAAACAGGAGCUGA